AUGGCAGCCUGGUCUGGCCUUUGCUUCAUCUCCACUGCCUUCACUGUAUUGACUUUUUUAUUACACCCUCAGAGAUUCCAGUAUCCUGAGAGACCAAUUAUUUUUCUCAGCAUGUGUUACAAUGUAUACUGUACUGCAUUUCUCAUCCGAGCUGCAGCUGGAGCGCCCAGCAUAGCUUGUGACCGGGAAGGUGGUGCCCCCUACUUGAUCCGAGAAGGCCUGGAGAGCAGUGGUUGCACCCUUGUCUUUCUUAUAUUGUACUACUUUGGCAUGGCCAGUUCACUGUGGUGGGUGGUAUUAACUCUCACUUGGUUCCUGGCAGCGAGCAAGAAGUGGGGUCAUGAGGCCAUUGAGUCCCACGGAAGCUACUUUCACCUGGCUGCCUGGGGUAUUCCAGCAGUGAAGACUAUUAUUAUACUCACAAUGCGAAAAGUAGGGGGAGAUGAGCUCACUGGACUUUGCUAUGUUGGAGGCUCGGAUCCCAGUGCCCUAACUGGAUUUGUUCUUGUGCCCCUUUCCUGCUACUUAGUGACCGGCACAUCGUUUUUACUAACUGGCUUUGUAGCACUCUUCCACAUCCGUCGUGUAAUGAAAACCGGGGGAACCAAUACAGAGAAAUUGGAGAAGCUCAUGGUUAAGAUUGGUGUGUUCUCUAUACUAUAUACUGUCCCAGCAACAUGCAUCAUUGUCUGCUGCUUUUAUGAAAGACUUAAUUUGGCUCACUGGACAGCAGCUGGAAGUGGCAGACCAGAUUGCACCUUGCCUACCUCCAUACCUAGUGUAGCAGUUUUUAUGCUCAAGAUUUUUAUGUCUCUAGCAAUGGGCAUAACAAGUGGUGUGUGGGUAUGGAGUUCAAAGACAUUACAAGCCUGGCAAGGAAUUCUGUGCCAACGCCGGCUCGGGGUUGUGGGCACAAGGACUCGAGGGAAGCCUCAAAGCGGAGGAGGUAUUCCCUGUAGCUUGAGCAGCUGCCCCUACAAACCCCCUCCCCUCUCUCUACAAGUGGCUAAAACAGACCUCUUCAUGGACUGUCCAACACACGUGUGA